GGGACGAGCAAACGACCAACAACAACCACAUCGUCCUAUUCUCUGCUACCUACACAGUACACCACACCUAUAUUAUAUACACUCUUAGCUAUAACACCUGCCUAUGAGUACGUUGAUAUAGAAAAUCGAUUCAUAAGCGGAUCCCCUAGAUACUUACCUUAUCACACCUAGCCCCGAGUGGGUGCUACCGCUCAGCUGGAUGCCUGUCUCUGCCUGGCACUGGCGUCAUUCACGUUGCACCUCGCCUGCCCUGCCGCCUCACAUCGAAAGCCCGACCUGACUCAACCACUUCUCACCACCAGGCUACUUCGCCAGAGUCUCUCAUCGGGUCAGAGCAGGAAACUGCAUGACCCUACAAACACACCUCGUCAAUAGUCAGACAUCAUGUUCUCCGAAUAUGCCUCCAAAUUCCUUUCGCAGUCGCAGUCGCGACUAUCUCUCGGCCAGCCUGAGCCCUCUUUUACCCAAAGAUCGCCUUCCCGCAACUAUCAACAGCGUCGCAACAUGAAUCCGUACGCUUCGCAAGCGCUAUCUCGAUUCGCCUUUGCGUCUAGAACAUCCAACGCACCGGCUCCGCUCUUUUACUCUGCCACUGAUGACUUCCGGGAAGAAGACGACCAUCACGAACAUGACCGGGAGAUCGCUGAUCAUCUCGCGCUACAGCGCUCCCGGCGACAGUUCGGAGCAAGCAAUCUAUCCGAAUCCUCCGAGGUGGAUGACGAUAUGGAGCGAAGAUCCGAUCACACAAUAGACGGAGGGAGUGUGGAGGGAGACACUCCAGGUUAUGGGCUUGGGAGAGGUAUCAAGAGCUCAUGGAGAGGCGAUAAGCCAGAGCCUCGGGGGAGGUCUGCAACUACUACCCGACAAGAAGACCUGCUUGAGAGGGAUCAAAGCGUCCCUCUAUCGGAGUCGAGCAGUCCAAGUAGCAAAGGAAUAGAGCAACUCGUGGACGUGGAACUUGCAUCGACGAUGCGGGGCAGUAUGGAAGAGCUAGAGAGGGAUGAGAUUGUGAAGGAUAUGGACAGUCGCCCACCAUCGUAUCAGUCUUUUCGCAGUUUGCCUAAACCAAAACGCGGCCGUAGCCCUCUGAGAACCACACUGCCAAUACCACAAGAAACCGAAGAAGAUGCCUUAUUGGAACAACAGCCUCGGCCAAUGAGCCCUGAUCGCGAAACCGUUCCUGAACAAGUGGCUGUCGAGCCGAUAACAGCUCCCAGAUACAACGUCUUCUUCGCUGAGCUGUUCGUUAUUGCUCAGUGCGCUAUUGUUGGAAUCUAUCUCAUCUCACUCCUCCAAGAUUCACCGCCGGAUCGUAAGCUUGGUGACACCAUCUAUACCGUUCUUCAAUCCUCGUUCCGCCUGAUCGGAAUCUACUCGCUCGUAUCGAUAGUGGUGGGGCUUCUUUGGCUAUCCUUACUACGGUCUUUCGCGCGACCACUCAUUAUGCUGAUUCUGGUUGCUGUGCCAGUCAUCUCAUUUUCAUUUUUCCUUUACCCACUGAUAUGGAGUUUCAAAGGUUCCCUACAUGGAAAUGGUGCCCAAGACAAAGCAAUGCGAUGGCUGUCAUUCGGCCCACUUCUAUUCAUGUUGUUCUGGAUUUACACAGUCUGGAAAGGGCGACAUUCGCUCCAUAAAGCCACCGCAAUGCUGGAGUUCUGUGGAGACAUUUUGAAGGCUCAGUACCCGCUCAUGCUCGUCGGCAUUGGCACUCUCGCCGGUGUUAUCAUAUGGUCUUGGAUCUGGAUGUCAAUGUUCGCCCACCUAUUUCUCGGCGGCCACUUCAACAAAUCGAAAACGAGGUGGAUCAUUGAUCCCAGUACGUGGUGGCUAGGAGCGGCUUUCUUCCUUGACUACUUCUGGGUCCUGGGAGUCAUUGCUGGCAUUCAACGUUCUACCACCGCUGCCACAGUCUCCCAGUGGUACUUCCAUCGCCGAACCGUGCCGGCACCUUCUGCUCGUACCGUUGUUUACGCAUCAUUGAAGCAUGCAACUAGCACGAUGGCUGGCACGAUCUGUCUAUCCACUUUACUGUCUUUGAUGGUCCGAUUGCCGCUCAUUGUUCUACCGAGGCGGAUCGCUGGCAUGAUCAGCAUGUGCGCUUAUCAAUUAGUUCCAUCCCCUAUCGCUUCUUUAACGAAUCCUCUUACCCUUACAUAUGCAUCGAUUCACGGAAUGGCGCUCUCGCCCGCUGCAAGGGGGCUAUCCUCCAUGACAUUCAUAGCACCUUCAUCUCCUACAACGACCCUUGGCCCACGGUCUUUCGCACCCUCACACGGACGGCAAUCCAUCGUCUCGUACCGCCUUGCCAAAUUGCUUCUUCAUGCUAUCCGUUGGGUAAUAACAUUGGCACUGGGUUUCGGCGGUUGGGUUUCAACUGCAAGAAUGUUGCAAAUUGGGAAUGACGGCGUCAAGGGUAGCGUGUAUGCCUAUGUUGUUGGUCUAAUCAGUGCCGCCAUUGGCUGGGGUGCUCUUGGCGCAAUGGAGGGUGUUCUUAGUGGUAUAUUGGAUGCAGUUCUCGUCUGCUGGGGAAGUGAAGUCGGCCCUGAUGGAAGAGGCGAUGCGAGAUACUGUGUCGAGGCGGGGCAGCUAUUUGAAGAUGAGGUUCCUGGGCGCGGUCGGGGUCGAUAUGAUGUGUGAGAUGAAGUGCAGUUGUGGAAGAGUCGCAUGGGCGGAGUUUAUACUGGUUCUUUUAUAUUAACAGGAAGGCUUUCAGAUGGGUCCAGUCACGGUUUGGCAUAGCUGCGGCGUAUCGAAAUUACCAGCACGGCGUAGAAGCCUGCUUCAAGAGAAUGCUCAGGAUAAAUACACUUUGAUUAUCAUUAACGAAUCGAAAUCGGCACACUUUUUCAC